UCCCGGCACGCCUUGCGAAACUGGUCGCUCCCGAACAGGGUGCCUGUUUGGUAGCCGUUGGAAUUUUUCUUGUUUUCUGUUUGCUCGAAGUUAACUUCAGUUUUUCUUGCACAAGGAUGGCGGGGAUUUUAUUUGAGGAUAUUUUUGAUGUGAAAGAUAUUGACCCGGAAGGUAUAAAGUUUGAUAGAGUUUCACGCCUACACUGUGAGAGUGAAUCCUUUAAAAUGGACCUGAUACUUGAUGUGAACAUUCAGAUUUACCCUGUUGAACUUGGUGAUAAGUUUCGUCUUGUAAUAGCGAGUACUUUGUAUGAAGAUGGAACGCCAGAUGAUGGAGAAUACAACCCCACAGAUGACCGGCCAUCAAGGGCAGACCAAUUUGAGUAUGUCAUGUAUGGAAAAGUUUAUAGAAUAGAAGGCGAUGAGAGCUCGACAGAGGCAGCCACAAGACUAUCAGCCUAUGUAUCCUAUGGUGGUCUACUUAUGAGGCUUCAAGGGGAUGCAAAUAAUUUACAUGGCUUUGAGGUGGAUUCCAGAGUGUACCUGCUAAUGAAGAAGCUUGCUUUCUAAGAUACAUGGACAAAGAUGAUGGCAAUCCUAAAGUUUCUUGGCUUAUAAUGAGAUCAAGUUUGUUUGUUGGUAUAUAGCCAACAAAUCAUUUAUCACACUGAAUGUGUAAUUGCCCUACAUUUCCAAUUUCCCUGUUUUAAAGGAGAUUAUGUAGGAAAGUAACCAGUUAAGGAAAAUUAUUCGCCUCACUAUGUGAACUAAAGAAAGUUUUAUUAAGUUGAUAUUAAGUGAAAAGAAAGUGUACUUUCUGUAAUAACGAGUGUACAAAAUGGACGCAUCGGCUAUUGAAUUCUACAGUGUCCAAAUAAAAAUAUGCUUCUUGA